AUGCAAUCAUACUUUGGGGAAUCAUUGAGGUUCCGAAAGGUCUUGCAAGGUCAAGAAAUUAUGGGCAUUAAUACUCCCUAUGACAGUAUUAAUGCUCAGAGUCCCCCGUUAUACGAGCUAGGGAGAUGUUAUCCCGGUUCAAACUGUUCCGGGAUUGCCUCAACAGGAAAUAUCAGAAUGCCACAGGCAUCUUCUGAUUUUCCCUGCAAUGGCAUAGGCUUUGGUGAAUCUUUCCGAUUCCAAAAGGUCUUGCAAGGUCAAGAAAUUCUUCCGUGUCCACCACCCUACGUUCGAUCCUCCUUUGACGAGUCCCGUGGAAAUGGUUUCCUUGGACGCUACGAUGGUUAUCAACUACUCGGUUCCCGAAACGGAUGGCCAGCACAGAUGCAUGACAAUUCUUCACAUUUGCAUGCAUCUGUUACAGCCGGACAAGUUUCAUCUCCAUCAUCUGUUUUAAUGUUCCAGCAGGCUGUUAAUCCAGUUUCAAACUCCCGUUAUGAUAAUCCUAAUCGCAGUCAGGGUUCAUACAUAUCUGAACUGAAAAGUGGAAUCUUCGCAUCCUCCCUACUCGACAAGCCUAUUCAGGACAGCACAAAUUCUCUCGGCAUACAGAAUUUUCUUAAUAACAAUCCCUUGGAUACUUCAAGGUCCCGUGAUUCGGCCUCAGCACUAAGAGGCAAUCACGAUAUGAAUUCGACAUAUAAAAGUGGCUGCAAACUCUUUGAAUUUUCAUUAACCGAUGACACAUACGUUGCAAAUAAAGAAGCUGCUGUUAAGGACUACGAAGGCGGCUGA